UGAAGCCUCAGAGCCCCAGCUGAUAACCCUGGGGCCAGAUCAUGUCAGCUAACAAAGGCUGGUGGGUACCACCUGAGGGCGAAGACAGUGUGUCUCAGAAGUUCCUGAGGAAGACCAGGGAGUCUCCGCUGGUGCCUGUAGGCUUAGGAGGCUGCCUGGCAGUGGCAGCCUACCGGAUUUAUCGGCUGAAGGCCCGUGGUUCCACCAAGAUGUCCAUACACCUGAUUCACACCCGAGUGGCGGCGCAGGCCUGUGCUGUGGGUGCAGUCAUGCUAGGUGCUGUGUACACAAUGUAUAGAGACUACAUCAAGAGAAUAGCACAGGAUCCUGGGGAGAAGUAG